AUGAACUGGCAUGAAACUCGUAUCGUUGAUAAUGAUAAGUCCACGUCUGAGAGUAUAAAAGGUGAUCAAGCAGUAGGUUUAGCACUUGUAUCCAUCAUUUCUUCAAGCGACGGUCUACACUAUACAAUUUUGGAAUUCCUCACAAACGCUCGAAGUCAGGACUUAUUAGCAAGGAAGAAACGUGCUGAUAUCUUUAACGGCAUGCACGAAUAUCAAGGAUAUUCCAUGAAAAUCUUGCCGCUCCUAAUCUUGGUUUCGAUCUGUACUGCGCCUUUGGCUAUCGCACAGCUAUGCAAGCUCAACUUUCCCAAAGGAGUUCCAUGCACCAAUAACGAAACAUGUCUGACCUUCGAAAGCAGCGGCAAAACAUACAGCUUCGCUAAAAACGGGGCGUACUGCAAAGGUGCUGACGAUACAAGUGGACAAGGAAUAUGUUGCUUUGACGAGGGUGUGUGCUCUGCCUACUAUUCCCAAUCUCAACCACUUCUGAAGGAGCACAAACAAACACAUCAAGUUGUUUUGUGUACCAGUGAUGAUCAAUGCGAGAGUGAAAGAAAAAUGGUGAAAACCAUCAAAGAGUACACAUGCCAAAAUAGUGUCUGCUGCUCGAAAUUUGUGGAGGCAGAAAAGCCAGAAUGUGAACUGACAGGAGGACCUGUAAGUAAUAUAGCAUGUACCAAUUGUAAGGACAAUCAGUACUGUGGAAAGAACGGAUGUUGUAAUAUAACAGCAUGGUGUCAGGGAACACCCAAGAUGUUGCCACAAUACAAUGUCGCAAAGGAGGGCGAAAAACUGUUUUUUCAGACUUGCACUAACGUCGAGGAGUGCACACAAGACUUUCCUAACAGUUACUGUUCGAAAAUUACUGGAACUGAAAAGAAAUACUGCUGCCCUAUACCGUUCUCGAAAUCAUUCAAGACUAAAAAUCGAAACCUUUUGCCAACAAAUGUGCUGAAGCACACAAAGGAGAUGACGACGAUAGAUAGCAGGAGCGGUAAAAGUGCUCUAACACUCAAAUUACAAGAAGAAGUCGAGCAAGGAUUGGAAUUCUCUAAAUCUUGUGAGAAGCAUGAAGAUUGUGGAGAGGACGAAUUUUGCGAUGAAGUUGUACCACUAAAUAUAAAGAACGCGGAGCGUCUAAAGAAAAAUCCAAAGUUAUGCUUUCCAUCGCCAAGGUGUGCGGGUAAAGCAAAGAAGAAUCCAAAUGGACCCGGGAUUAUGAUCUGCAGCGGUCCAGAGGAUUGCGGCGAAGAUAGCUUCUGUGAUACUGAAACGCAUAGAGGCGCCACAUUUCCAGGUUUAGAGGAGCUUGGCAUUUGCUGCCGCUACGAUUGCAAGAAUGAAGCGAACGAGAAAGGAAUGAUGGCUGAUGCAAGCCUUGAUGCGUACGCUGUCCUUACAGAUCAGAAAGGACAAUGUGGAGCCGAUUUAGAUUGCGGAGAUCCUGGUCUAUGCGUUGAUGCUAAGGAUCAAAGCAAAGCUAAUUACGAAGGGUUCCCGACAGGAAAAAUUCUAAGGCUUUGCUGCAAGUUUAUGAUGAAAUCAAAAGAGGACUUGUAUCAGUGCAAAAUUGAUAAAGCACUACCAGACCAAGACGGCAAGACAAUGUCCUGCAAGAAUGACGAAGACUGUAAUAGAGUGUUGGGACAGGAACUAGCAGAUCCAAGUAAAUGGGAUUAUGAAUGUAUAAAGUCAGAAAAGGCAGUAACAUAUUGCUGCAAAGUUCACAAGUGCGGAGAUGAUUUCACGUACAUGAGGACAGAGCUUGAGUGCUCCGAUUCAGAAGAUUGCAUGAAAGAACAAGAGGAUCAGAGCGAUGCUGAAGCACGUGCCGUAUGCACGCAAUAUUUCGAAAAAAAUGUAGAGAAGAAGAAAAGAUGUUGCCCAGUUGGCGAUCCGUCUAAACGUAAACCAUAUUGCACAAGACGAAAGUGCGAACGUAUGGGUGACUGCCAAGUCACCGCUUAUUGUCAUCCAACUGGGAAAGUUUGCUGUUAUAUAGGUAUUACGAAGAUAGAUGGAGCAGCCCAUGAAAGGGGUGGCACCUGCCAAGGCACAUGUGAGGAUAAGGAAGUUUUUGGUAGAAGCGUGCCACAGUAUUGUGUGCGUAGUACCAAGGACACAACCACUGGGGAAUGCUUUCUCUCACCUUUUCUAAAAGUCAAAGAACGUAGUCGAACUGUGAAUUCGGUGUAUAAGACAAUUUUCAUCAUAUCUGUCAUCUUCACAUUCGUUUUUGCAAUUUUGGCCGUAAUAAUGUAUGUAAAUUAUCGAUCGAAGAACUUUUGCGACAAGUAUACUCCCAAAAGAAAGAAGAAGGGAAAGGGCAAGAAGAAGAAAUCAAAGAAAGAUAAAGAAGGUGGUGCUACUGGCACUGAGGGAGGAGAGACCGGUGGAGGCACUAGCGGUGUCAGCGGUACUACUGGCGGUGAUGGAACCAGUGGAACAAGCGGUGUCAGCGGUACUGGAGCGACUAGUGGCGCAGAAGGUGGCACAACCGGUGGCACGACCGGUGGUACAACCGGUGGCACUAGCGGAGUCUAGACUUUGUGUAGACAAACUAUCGAUGAUUCACAUGGUUUGUCAAUAAAAGUUG